UUUGUUUGCAACAGAUCGGGGAUAAGACGUUACAGUUUCUCUGAACAUUUCAGCUUUUAGCCUGGGAAAGAAUUUCAACAUGCCAGAGGAAGAAGAAUUUUAUGGAAAGCAUGGCCAGCCGAGAAAGUAUGAUCCCACCUUCACAGGUCCGAUCCAGAACAGGGGCUGCACAGACAUUGUCUGCUGCAUCUUCUUCAUUCUUGCCGUGCUGGGUUAUAUAGCAGUGGGAAUACUCGCCUUUUCCCAGGGUGACCCCAAGAAGGUGAUCUACCCGACAGACAGUCAAGGCCAGUUCUGCGGGCAGGCCGGCACGCCACUCGAGAAGAAAAAAAUCCUGUUCUACUUCAACAUCAUGAAGUGUGCCAGCCCCAUGGUGCUGCGGGAGUUUCAGUGUCCAACUACACAGAUAUGUGUGGAGAGCUGCCCUGAUAAGUUCAUGACGUUAGUCAAAGCCUACAGCAACCAAAAGGACUUUGACUUCUACAAAAACUUCUGCAAGGAAGGUGUGACUUCAUCAAUGGGCGCACCACAAAUCCUCAGUGAGGGUCUCUGUCCUGCCAUGCUGAUGCCCAGCAAGCCCAUCACUCGUAGGUGCUUCCCAAGUUUGGACAUGAAAGGUGGUGUGAUAACCGAAGGAAACAGCUCUACGUUUGAAGAUGGAACCGGAAACAUCAGAAACGCCAAGGAUCUUGUGGAUGGAGUAAAGAACGCCACUGUGGUUAUUGAGGCUCGUCAGGUGGUGAUGAAAAUCUUUGAGGAUUACACACAGUCCUGGUACUGGAUCAUCAUAGGGUUGGUUAUUGCCAUGCUCACCAGUCUGCUAUUCAUUGUCCUCCUGCGCUUCCUGGCCGGUAUCAUGAUCUGGGUCAUGAUUGCCAUGGUGAUACUGGUGAUUGGAUACGGUAUUUUCCACUGCUACAUGGAGUACGCUUCCCUUAAAGGAGAACCAGGCGCUAACGUGACUCUGCAGGAACUGGGCUUCCAGACAGACCUCUCUGUCUACCUGCAGAUCAGACAUACCUGGCUGGCCUUCAUGAUUAUCCUGGUUAUCGUGGACGUCUUCAUCAUCCUGAUGCUGAUCUCCCUCAGGAGGAGGAUCCGCUUCACCAUUGCUGUCAUUAAAGAAUCCAGCAAAGCCAUUGGACAUGUGAUGGGUUCCCUUUUCUACCCACUCUUCACUUUGUUCCUCCUGGUCUUGUUCAUCGCCUGCUGGGCAGUAACGGCUGUUUUCUUGUCUACUUUUAAUGAACCGAUCUACAAAGUGUUCAACGAGAUGGCGUGUGAGUACUCCAGAGCAACGUGUAACCCAGCUAACUACUCAACAAGUCCCAUGAAGACGCAGUGCCCCAACUCCCAGUGCCUUUUUGCUUUCUACGGUGGAGAAACGGCUUACCACAAAUACCUGAACGGCCUGCAGUAUUACAACUUCUUCCUCUUCUUCUGGUGUGCCAACUUCGUUACAGCUCUGGGACAGAUGACCUUAGCUGGUGCUUUUGCCUCUUACUACUGGGCUUUCAGGAAACCAGCUGACAUUCCUGCCUUCCCAGUGUUUUCUUCCAUGGGGAGAGCUCUCAGGUAUCACACAGGGACUCUGGCCUUUGGCUCCCUUAUCCACUCAGUCGUUCAGAUCAUCAGGGUUUUGUUUGUGGUUGAGUAUUUGGUCCUCAAGCUGAAAGGAUCCCAAAAUAAGUUCGCCAAAUUCCUCUUGCGCUGUCUAAAGGGCAGCAUCUGGUGUCUGAAGAAAAUCAACAAGUUCCUGAACCGAAACGCCUACAUUAUGGUGGCGAUAUAUGGCAAAAACUUUUGCACAUCUGCCACAGAUACCUUCUUCCUCCUCAUGAGGAACAAGAGCAGGAUUUCUGUUUUGGACCAAGUAAUAGAUUUCCUCUUAUUUUUGGGCAAACUGCUCAUCGUCGGGCUUGUGGGGGUCUUUGUCGCCUUCAUCUUCUUCUCUGGACAAGUGAAGGCGUUUGAGAAUACCGCUCCCCACCUCAACUACUUCUGGAUGCCCAUCCUGACUGUGGUGAUUGGCUCGUACCUCAUCGCCGAUGAAUUCUUCAGUGUUUACGCCAAGUGUGUGGACACGCUGGUCCUCUGUUACUUGGAGGAUCUCGAGAGGAAUGAUGGCAGUGCCGGGAGGCCCUACAUGAUGCCAGAGAGCCUCUGCACAGUCUUCAACAGGAGGACUUAGAUGGAGUGAGCACUUGAUCAAGCUGCGAGGGGAACCGGUCUGCAGGUCCGCUGUGUUCUCCAAAUGGUUCAGAUCUUUGGUCCAACAUGACGCUCUGCCAGCAUCUUGGCGGGUCCUCGUUCUAAUGUCGUUUUUCUUGUGUUAUUGAUGGUGGAUUUUAACCAUUUUGAGAAUAAUUGCAAUUUUAAGCACAUUUUUAGUGUUUUGAUGUUUUAUUUUAGAUUGAAGAUUAGUUUGAGCAUGUUUUCAACAUUCAAGUGUUACAUGAAGGUACACAGUGUGUUGAAGUUGUUUUCAAGUUGUGAUCGUUUUUAUAUUUCUUUAAAUAUGUAAUCUUCCUUUUUACCAAAGGUGUAACACGUACACUGCCAGUCAGUCGUUAAAGCCUUUCUCUACAUUUAUAUUUGUACUUAAAUCAUCUGAUUCAACUUUUAUCUGCAUCCAUUUAGAGAGAAAUUUAACUGAUGUACAGGUUUUAUCUUUGGGCUUCUGUUGUAUUUUUGGAGUUGAAAUGUUUUUAAAUAAAACCUAGUUUUCUA